AAUGAUAAACGUUAGCUCAUCCAGAAGGUAACAAUGAAGCUGGCAAUUCUACUUAUCAUUUCUCUUCAUAUUAGCACAGCUCUACAUAGGGUCCCCCUGGUGAAAGUUCAGACCAUCCGGCAUCAUCUCAGGCUAAGAAAUGAACUUGAUGACUUUUGGUUACAUCACCGACCCCAUGUCUUUGCCCAGAAGUAUACUCAGUGCUUUCCUGAUCACCAGUCCUUGGCGGUUGGCUCUACAUCAGAAUAUCUGUUUGACUACAUGAAUGCUCAGUACUAUGGAUUGAUCAGCAUUGGGACUCCACCUCAGAACUUCAGUGUGGUCUUUGACACUGGAUCUUCCAAUUUCUGGAUCCCAUCCUCUUUCUGCUUCAGCGAAGCAUGCCGUGUACAUGAGAAAUACAAGUCUUUUUUAUCAACUUCAUACAAGCAUGUCGGGAAAACCUUUUCUAUUCAUUACGGAACAGGACAACUUGUUGGUGUAACUGGUAAAGAUACUCUUCAGAUCAGUAACAUAACCAUUUCUGAACAGGAUUUCGGGCAGUCAGUCAUGGAGCCUGGGCGCACAUUUGUAUUGGCACAGUUUGAUGGGGUGUUGGGCCUUGGAUACCCCUCACUGGCUGUGGGUAAUGCAGUUCCAGUAUUUGACCAGAUAAUGAAUCAAAAUCUAGUGGACAAGCCAAUCUUUUCCUUCCAUUUAAACAAAGAUGAUGAUUUUCAAUAUGGAGGAGAACUGAUAUUAGGGGGGAUAGAUGAAUCGCUGUACAAGGGUCCAAUUCACUGGAUUCCCCUCACUGAGAAGGGUUACUGGCAAAUAAGACUGGAUAAUGUCAAAGUUAAUGGGAAAAUAGCAUUUUGCCCUGAUGGUUGUGAGGCUAUCAUUGACUCAGGCACUUCCCUCAUUACUGGGCCUAGUGCUGACAUUAAACAGUUACAGACACUCAUUGGAUCUACAGCCCUGUCAUUUGGAGAGUACACAGUAGACUGUAAGCAGACAUCCAGUCUUCCAAGUGUGACUUUCACCAUUAGCCAGAGAGACUACACAAUAACUCCUGCGCAGUACCUGCUUAAGGAACACAUCGGAAACUCACCCGUAUGCCUGUCUGGAUUUCAGCCCAUGGAUUUGUCUGCAAAAUCUAAGAAACUCUGGAUUUUGGGAGAUAUCUUUAUGUCCAAGUUUUACAGUGUAUUUGACCGUGCACAUGACAGAGUUGGACUGGCAAAGUCCUGCAAAAAGAAACAUAGAGCUCCUGACUCAGAAACAUCAAAAUUCGCUUCCCUAUAAUUAUUCCAACUAUAAUUCCAGAAUGAUAUAAUCCAAAUAGGAAAAGUAUCGCAUUUUAUUUUGUGAUGUAUUAAUUGUCUCACACUACUUUACAGAAUGCACAAUGUUAUUGAUGUAAAUCUCUUUAUUGUGUUCCCUGUCUUUGUGGAUCACAGAAAGAGCAUAUCACAGACAUUGUAUCUGUUUGCAUCCACUGUAGCUAAUAUUAAUUCUACAUGAAGUGUUACUGCUAUAGUGUUACAUAAAGGUUUGAUGGCGACUAGGCAUAUCACAGGCCAAAUCAUAUUUACACAAUGACUAUAUGGAAUAAAGCUUCUGCAAGUUCUCAAGCAAUCUGUUAGGCUGAGACUAAUUGUAAAUCUGACUUCUGGACAGUCCUGUCCUCUGACAUUACAAACUUUACAUUUAUCAUUUACAAAAAGUGGGCAACAGGCUCGGACUGGCACACAGGGGUACAGGGGAAACCACCGGUAGGCCCCACUGCCUGGGGGGCCCUCCUCCUCUAGGGAUCAGGUUCAAGACUGCGCACUUGAAUUAUAUAUGUUACUUUAUACUGCACAGGAUUAUGAUGUAUUCUCUACAGUACAUUGCUGUCAUUAAUCUGGCACAUUAUCAGGCUUGCACUAGCAUUAAUUACUAUAUAAACUAUCAAGGAGUCCAGACCAGGUACUCUAUAAUUGUUAGCCAAAGCUCUGUGGUGGCUGGCCACACCCCCUUUAGAGGCUGGCCACACCUCUAAUCAUGGGCCCCUACCACUGCAUGCCCCUGGUGGGCCCUUCAUGCUCCAGUCCGACACUGGUGGGCAAUACUACUGUGUGCAAUAGCUGCUGUUUGCUGACGUUAUACCAUUGUGACAGCACCUUGUGACCAUCAAUAUCCCAGAUUUUCCUCAAACCUAUAGAGGUGCACAGGAAAAACUGCGAUGUUGGGCUACCAGUGAUAUGCACAAGCAUGCGCAGCCACAGCCACUCAAUGGGGGUCAUUCCGAGUUGAUCAUAGUUGUGCUAAAUUUAGCACAGCUACGAUCAUUCACACUGACAUGCAGGGGGACGGCCAGCAUGUCAGUGCCCCCUCCCCCCGCAGAAGUGCAAAGGCAUCGCACAGCGGCGAUGCAUUUGCACUUCAAGAGUAGCUCCCGACCAGCGCAGCUUUAGCAUGCUGGCCUGGAGCUACUCGUCGCUCCCCGGCCCACAGCGGCUGCGUGUGACAUCAUGCAGUCGCCGCGACCCCCCCCCCCUGCGUGGGCCGGACCGCUCCCCCUUAACGGCGGCUUAACGCCGCCGUCCAGCCCCCUGCUGCCCAGCGACCGCCUCUGCCUCAGAGGCGAUUGCUAGGCAACGAUGGCUGCCCUGCGGCGCCGGUGCAUUUCCAACCUGAUCGCUGCACUGCGACAAACUGCACCGAGCGAUCAGGUCGGAAUGACCCCCAUUAUUCCUUGAUAUAGACCAGGGCUGCACUACUAGCAGUGUGUGACCUAAUUGCAGCACAUCAAGGCUUCUUGUCCCGAGUUUCCCUGCUAAGCAAUAAGGCAUACAUUUUUCUUAUGUGCAUUGUUCUCAUCGCUUACAUACUGUAGAGAAGAAAGCUUGCUCAGCAUUAAAAAACAAAUACCUUUA